AUGGCCGCCUUCCUGGAGCUGGAGAGCCGGGCGGCCGGGGCCGGGGCCGGGCUCUGCCUCGGCAACUUCGUCUUCGGCUGCGAGUUGACGGGCAGUACCAGGUCCUAUACCUUUAAGGUGGAUGAAGAUGACGACUCUGAGCACAUCCUGGCCCUGUCUAUGGUGUGCCUGACAGACGGCGCAAAGGACGAAUGCAACGUGGUGGAAGUCGUGGGGCGUGACCGUCAGAACCAGGAGAUUGCUGUGCCGGUGGCCAAUCUGAAGCUGUCGUGCCAGCCCACGCUCAGCCUGGACAACUUCCAGCUCCAACCACCUGUGACCUUCCACCUGAAAUCCGGCUCCGGCCCCGUGCACCUGUCCGGACGGCACCACAUCAUGCACAGGAGAGCGCUGUCUGAGGAAGAGGAGAGCGAGGAAGAGGAGGAAGAAGAACUCACCCCCAUCAUGCCGGCCAAGAAGCAGCGAAGGAGGCAGUAGCUGAGAGGUGCUGCCCUGGCUCCGGCUGGAGCCCUGCCCCGGACGGCUGUUCUCCUGGGACUUCUC